AUGAACGACCUCUGGCAGAUGAUCUUCGAUCACUUGGGCAAAGAUGCCUCCGAACUUAUGGGCAUGCUUUGCUUUAUGAGCCCCGAACCCGUUCCGCUGUCGCUGUUCGACGAGGCGGUGGAGAACCUUCUUGUCGCCUCAUUAGUCCGAAUCCACGUCGCUACGGGCAGUAUUUUGGUGGACCGUGUUGUACAUGAAAGCUACUUUUCCCAGGUGACGGCAGAAUCCCGAGACGAGGCAUUCCGUGGGGCCCUCAUUCUACUCCGCGCACAUUUCCCGCGACAGCAGGGUGCCGCCAAACACCUGUGGACAAAGUGGGAUCGAUGUAGCACUUUGCACCAACUCGUCUUAGCAUUCAGUGAGCGAUACCAAUCAUUAAAAGCCGUUGGCGACUUCGCAACUAGGGACCCAGGAUACAUCGAACUCAUACGUGACAACGCAUGGUAUAUGGUCGAGAUUCAGCACUUUCAGGAAGCGGAGGCCUCGCUCUUGUCUAUCCUAGACGACACUGACGAGGACUCACUCCUGGCCGCCAAAAUCCAUCGCAGUCUUAUGGGUCUAUACGAGAGGACAGGACGCAGCAACAAGUCCUGCGCCGCAGCCAAAACGGAAUUUGCCCUCCUGCAGAAGCAUUACCCAGACAAGGAUGCAGAGAUCGCCAAUGCCCAUAGCAAUGUUGGCUACACCAUGGUGUCGGCACACAAAGCGUCGGAGGCCAUCAAGUAUCUCGACACGGCAGUGGCCAUGGCCAAGGCGCAUCCCGAGCCGCGCUGUUACCAGGACUACGAUAUCGAUCGGUUCCUGAGGAAUAGGGGCCGCUACAGGCAGCAACUCGGGCAGUUUGACGAGGCUGAGCGCGAUUUUCUUGAGGCCGAGUACUUUCAGACCAAGCUCCAUGGGCCCGAUAGCCACUAUGAUGGGGAGACAAAACGCGAGCUAUCCAAGCUCUCUGCGUGGCAAGGCAACCUCGAAGCAGCCGCCCAACUCAGUCACCAAGCACAUUCCCUCGUAUCCGCAGGCAACCCCACACAUGCGAGCGUGAUGGCCGCUCUAUACCAGCGUGGCCGGAUCGCGAUGCUUCGCGGGGGCGACGACGACGACGACACGGCUCUACAGCAUCUACAGCAGGCCCUGUACAUCUGCCGUCUCAACGAACCGCACCGUGGGAAUUCAGGAGAGUCCGCCAGGGUUCAGUGGCAGAUCGCGCGGGUGUAUGAGCGGAAGGGCAUGGUGCAUGAAGCGGGCAGGCUUCGGGCGGAAGCGGAGAAGGUGAAGUGGGAGCUGCUGGCUACGGGGGAUUAUGCUGUUGUUGAGGGGGACGAGGAGGCGAGUUGGGAUGCGCUGGUGGGACUGCUUUAUCGGUGA